UGGGGGUGGGGCCUAAGGACCGUCUUGUCUACAGUCCUUCCAGGCUGCCUUGCAGACCCAGUGGAGCUGGAUGCUCCAGCUGUGUUGCUGCAUUGAAGCACACUUGAAAGAGAACACAGCCUACUUUAAGUUCUUCUCAGACGUUCGGGAGGCUGAGGAACAGUUGCAGAAGCUACAGGAGACAAUGCGCAGGAAGUACAGCUGUGACCGCUCCAUCACCGUCACCAGGCUGGAGGACCUGCUGCAGGAUGCCCAGGACGAGAAGGAGCAGCUGAACGAGUACAAGGGGCACCUCUCAGGCCUGGCCAAGAGGGCCAAGGCCAUUGUGCAGUUGAAGCCACGCAACCCUGCUCACCCGGUGCGGGCCCAUGUGCCCCUGGUGGCUGUGUGUGAUUAUAAGCAGGUGGAGGUGACUGUACACAAGGGUGACCAGUGCCAGCUAGUGGGUCCUGCCCAGUCUUUCCACUGGAAGGUGCUCAGCGGUUCCAGCAGUGAGGCUGCUGUGCCUUCAGUGUGCUUUCUUGUGCCACCACCCAACCAGGAGGCCCAGGAAGCUGUCACUAGACUGGAGGCCCAGCAUCAGGCCCUGGUUACACUGUGGCACCAGAUUCACGUGGACAUGAAGAGCCUUCUGGCAUGGCAGAGUCUCAGUCGUGACAUACAGCUCAUCCGGUCCUGGUCCCUCGUCACGUUCCGCACACUGAAGCCAGAGGAGCAGCGCCAAGCUCUGCGUAACCUGGAGUUGCACUACCAGGCCUUCCUUCGAGACAGCCAGGAUGCUGGUGGCUUUGGGCCCGAGGACCGGCUGGUGGCAGAACGGGAGUAUGGAUCUUGCAGCCAGCACUACCAGCAGCUACUACAAAGCCUAGAGCAGGGUGAGCAAGAGGAGUCUCGCUGUCAGCGAUGCAUCUCAGAGCUCAAGGAUAUUCGGUUGCAACUGGAGGCCUGUGAGACCCGGACUGUGCACCGUCUGCGGCUACCACUGGACAAAGAACCUGCACGGGAGUGUGCCCAACGCAUUGUUGAGCAACAGAAAACACAAGCUGAGGUUGAAGGGCUGGGCAAGGGAGUCACCCGCCUCUCUGCUGAGGCUGAGAAGGUUCUAGCCUUGCCAGAGCCAUCACCUGCUGCUCCCACUCUGCGCUCAGAAUUGGAACUGACCCUGGGCAAGCUGGAACAGGUCCGAAGCUUAUCUGCCAUCUACUUGGAGAAACUCAAGACCAUCAGCUUGGUAAUUCGAGGUACCCAGGGGGCCGAGGAGGUGCUGAAAGCCCACGAGGAGCAGCUCAAGGAGGCGCAGGCUGUGCCUGCCACUCUCCAAGAGCUUGAAGCCACCAAGGCCUCACUGAAGAAACUGCGGGUCCAGGCAGAAGCACAGCAGCCUGUAUUCGACACCCUAAGAGAUGAACUGCGGGGGGCACAGAAAGUUGGUGAACAGCUCCAACAGCGGCAUGGUGAACGGGAUGUGGAAGUGGGACGCUGGCGAGAGCGUGUCACUCAGUUGCUGGAGCGCUGGCAGGCUGUGCUAGCUCAGACUGACGUGCGGCAGCGUGAGCUUGAACAGCUGGGUCGCCAGCUAAGCUACUACCGAGAGAGUGCUGACCCACUGAGUUCCUGGCUGCAGGAUGCCAAGAGGCGGCAAGAACAGAUCCAGGCGGUGCCGAUACCCAACAGCCAGGCUGCACGGGAACAACUGCGCCAGGAGAAGGCCCUGCUGGAAGAGAUUGAGCGUCACGGUGAGAAGGUUGAGGAGUGCCAGAGGUUUGCCAAGCAGUACAUCAAUGCCAUCAAGGACUAUGAGCUCCAGCUGGUCACCUACAAGGCACAGCUUGAGCCCGUGGCCUCCCCAGCCAAGAAGCCUAAGGUUCAGUCUGGAUCAGAGAGUGUCAUCCAAGAGUAUGUGGAUCUGCGUACACGCUACAGUGAGCUGACCACACUCACAAGUCAGUACAUCAAGUUUAUCAGUGAGACACUGCGCCGCAUGGAAGAGGAAGAGAGGCUGGCUGAGCAACAGCGGGCAGAGGAGCGUGAGCGACUGGCUGAGGUAGAGGCUGCGCUGGAGAAGCAGCGGCAGCUAGCUGAGGCACAUGCCCAGGCUAAGGCACAGGCAGAGCUGGAAGCACAAGAACUGCAGCGGCGCAUGCAAGAGGAGGUGGCGCGGCGUGAGGAGGCAGCGGUGGAUGCCCAGCAACAGAAGCGCAGCAUCCAAGAGGAGCUGCAGCAUCUUCGGCAGAGCUCAGAGGCAGAGAUCCAAGCCAAGGCCCAACAGGUGGAGGCUGCAGAACGCAGCCGGUUGCGCAUUGAGGAAGAGAUCCGUGUAGUGCGCCUGCAGCUGGAGACAACUGAGAGGCAGCGUGGAGGGGCAGAGGACGAGCUCCAGGCUCUGCGCGCGCGGGCAGAGGAGGCAGAAGCGCAGAAGCGGCAGGCCCAGGAGGAGGCCGAACGCCUGCGGAGGCAGGUGCAAGACGAGAGCCAGCGCAAAAGGCAGGCGGAGGCCGAGCUGGCCCUGCGCGUACAGGCUGAAGCUGAGGCGGCUCGGGAGAAGCAGCGGGCCCUGCAGGCCCUGGAGGAACUGCGACUGCAGGCCGAGGAGGCUGAGCGGCGGCUGCGCCAAGCUGAGGCAGAGCGGGCCCGCCAAGUGCAGGUGGCUCUGGAGACAGCGCAGCGCAGCGCAGAGGUGGAGCUGCAGAGCAAGCGCGCAUCCUUUGCAGAGAAGACAGCACAGCUGGAGCGCACGCUGCAGGAAGAGCACGUGACAGUGGCACAGCUGCGGGAGGAGGCCGAGCGGCGGGCACCGCAGAAAGCCGAGGCCGAACGAGCCCGUGAGGAGGCUGAGCGGGAGCUGGAGCGCUGGCAGCUGAAGGCCAACGAAGCACUUAGGCUGCGGCUACAAGCGGAAGAGGUGGCGCAGCAGAAGAGUCUGGCGCAGGCCGACGCGGAGAAGCAGAAGGAAGAGGCAGAGCGUGAGGCCCGGCGGCGUGGCAAGGCAGAGGAACAGGCCGUGCGGCAGCGAGAGCUGGCUGAGCAGGAGCUGGAGAAGCAGCGACAGCUGGCGGAGGGCACCGCGCAGCAGCGCCUGGCUGCAGAGCAGGAGCUGAUCCGCCUGCGGGCUGAGACGGAGCAGGGCGAACAGCAAAGGCAGCUGCUGGAAGAGGAGCUGGCCCGGCUGCAGCGGGGGGCGGCGGCAGCCACGCAGAAGCGCCAGGAGCUGGAGGCCGAGCUGGCCAAAGUGCGGGCCGAGAUGGAGGUACUGCUGGCCAGCAAGGCGCGAGCUGAGGAAGAGUCUCGUUCUACCAGCGAGAAGUCUAAGCAGAGGCUAGAGGCUGAGGCCGACCGGUUUAGGGAGCUGGCUGAGGAGGCUGCCCGUCUGCGCGCCCUGGCUGAGGAGGCCAAGCGGCAGCGGCAGCUGGCCGAGGAGGAUGCAGCGCGUCAACGGGCCGAGGCAGAGCGAGUGCUCACUGAGAAGCUGGCUGCCAUUAGUGAGGCCACAAGGCUCAAGACAGAGGCAGAGAUUGCACUCAAAGAGAAGGAGGCCGAGAAUGAGCGCCUACGGCGCCUGGCUGAAGAUGAGGCCUUCCAGCGGCGGCGUCUGGAGGAGCAGGCCGCACUGCACAAGGCUGACAUAGAGGAGCGCCUGGCCCAGCUGCGCAAGGCAUCAGAGAGUGAGCUGGAGCGGCAAAAGGGGUUGGUGGAGGACACGCUGCGACAGCGGCGGCAGGUGGAAGAGGAGAUCAUGGCACUGAAGGUGAGCUUUGAGAAAGCUGCCGCCGGCAAGGCAGAACUGGAGCUGGAGCUGGGGCGCAUUCGCAGCAAUGCCGAGGACACAAUGCGCAGCAAGGAGCAGGCAGAGCAGGAGGCCGCUCGGCAGCGGCAGCUGGCGGCCGAGGAGGAGCAGAGGCGCCGGGAGGCGGAGGAACGUGUGCAGAAGAGCCUGGCCGCUGAGGAGGAAGCUGCGCGGCAGCGCAAGGUUGCCCUGGAGGAAGUCGAGCGGCUCAAGGCCAAGGUGGAGGAAGCGCGGCGCCUGCGAGAACGGGCAGAGCAGGAGUCCGCAAGGCAGCUGCAGCUGGCCCAGGAGGCCGCCCAGAAACGACUGCAGGCAGAGGAGAAAGCGCACGCCUUUGUGGUGCAGCAGCGGGAAGCGGAGCUGCAGCAGACUCUUCAGCAAGAGCAGAGCAUGCUGGAGCGGCUGCGGAGUGAGGCGGAGGCAGCGCGGCGGGCUGCCGAGGAGGCAGAGGAGGCGCGGGAGCAGGCAGAACGGGAGGCAGCACAGUCGCGGAAACAAGUGGAGGAGGCGGAGCGGCUGAAGCAGUCAGCGGAGGAGCAGGCCCAGGCCCAGGCUCAGGCCCAGGCCGCGGCAGAGAAGCUGCGUAAGGAGGCCGAGCAGGAGGCAGCGCGUCGGGCACAGGCCGAGCAGGCGGCAUUGAAGCAGAAGCAAGCGGCCGAUGCAGAGAUGGAGAAGCACAAGCGGUUUGCAGAGCAGACGCUGCGGCAGAAGGCCCAGGUGGAGCAGGAGCUGACUGCUCUCAGGCUGCAGCUAGAGGAGACUGACCACCAGAAGAGCAUCCUGGAUGAGGAGCUGCAGCGGCUGAAGGCCGAGGUGACCGAGGCAGCCCGGCAGCGUAGCCAGGUAGAGGAGGAGCUCUUCUCCGUUCGCGUGCAGAUGGAGGAGCUGGGCAAGCUCAAGGCUCGCAUUGAAGCCGAAAACCGGGCACUCAUCCUGCGAGACAAGGACAACACACAGCGCUUCCUGGAGGAGGAGGCUGAGAAGAUGAAACAGGUGGCGGAGGAGGCUGCACGGUUGAGUGUGGCUGCCCAGGAGGCGGCACGGCUGCGGCAGCUGGCAGAGGAGGACCUGGCGCAGCAGCGGGCCCUGGCGGAGAAGAUGCUCAAGGAAAAGAUGCAGGCCGUACAGGAAGCCACGAGGCUUAAGGCGGAGGCCGAGCUGCUACAGCAGCAGAAGGAGCUUGCACAGGAGCAGGCCCGGCGGCUGCAGGAAGACAAGGAGCAGAUGGCGCAGCAGUUGGUAGAGGAGACGCAGGGUUUCCAGCGCACGCUGGAGGCGGAGAGGCAGCGGCAGCUGGAAAUGAGUGCGGAGGCUGAACGCCUCAAGCUGCGCAUGGCCGAGAUGAGCCGGGCUCAGGCCCGUGCAGAGGAGGAUGCCCAGCGCUUCCGGAAGCAGGCUGAAGAGAUUGGUGAAAAGCUGCACCGCACCGAACUGGCCACACAGGAGAAAGUGACAUUGGUGCAGACACUGGAGAUCCAGCGACAACAGAGUGAUCACGAUGCCGAGCGUCUGAGGGAGGCCAUUGCUGAGCUGGAGCGGGAGAAGGAGAAGCUCAAGCAAGAGGCCAAAUUGCUGCAGCUCAAGUCUGAGGAGAUGCAGACCGUGCAGCAGGAGCAGAUACUGCAGGAGACACAGGCCUUGCAGAAGAGCUUCCUCUCUGAGAAGGAUAGCCUGGUCCAACGGGAACGCUUCAUCGAGCAGGAAAAGGCCAAGCUGGAACAGCUGUUCCAGGAUGAAGUGGCAAAAGCACAGCAGCUACGGGAGGAGCAGCAGCGGCAGCAGCAGCAGAUGGAGCAGGAGAAACAGGAGUUGGUGGCCAGCAUGGAGGAGGCCAGGAGGCGGCAGUGCGAGGCAGAGGAGGCCGUGCGGCGCAAGCAGGAGGAGCUGCAGCAUCUGGAGCAGCAGCGGCAGCAGCAGGAGAAGCUGCUGGCUGAGGAGAACCAGAGGCUGCGAGAGCGGCUGCAGCGCCUGGAGGAAGAGCACAGGGCAGCCCUGGCACACUCUGAGGAGAUUGCUGCCACUCAGGCUGCUGCAGCAAAAGCCCUGCCCAAUGGCCGCGAUGCACUGGAUGGCCCAUCCGUCGAGGUGGAACCUGAGCACACCUUCGAGGGGCUGCGUCAGAAGGUGCCAGCUCAGCAGCUGCAGGAAGCAGGCAUUCUGAGCAUGGAGGAACUGCAGAGGUUGGCACAGGGCCACACCACAGUGGCUGAGCUCUCGCAGAGGGAAGAUGUGCACCAGUACCUGAAGGGCCGCAGCAGCAUUGCAGGACUGCUGCUAAAGCCCACCAAUGAGAAGCUGAGUGUCUACACAGCCCUGCAGAGGCAGCUGCUGAGCCCCGGAACAGCUCUUAUCCUUCUUGAGGCCCAGGCGGCCUCAGGCUUCCUGCUGGACCCUGUGUGGAACCGGCGUCUGACUGUCAAUGAGGCCGUGAAGGAGGGUGUCGUGGGUCCUGAGCUGCACCACAAGCUCUUGUCUGCUGAGCGGGCCGUCACCGGCUACAAGGACCCCUACACGGGGGAGCAGAUCUCCCUCUUCCAGGCCAUGCAGAAGGACCUCAUCGUCAGGGACCACGGCAUCCGCCUUCUGGAGGCCCAGAUUGCCACGGGCGGCAUCAUCGACCCUGUGCACAGCCACCGUGUGCCCGUGGACGUGGCCUACCAGCGUGGCUACUUUGACGAGGAGAUGAACCGCAUCUUGGCUGACCCAAGCGAUGACACCAAGGGCUUCUUCGACCCCAACACGCACGAGAACCUCACCUACCUGCAGCUGCUGGAGCGCUGUGUGGAGGACCCCGAGACCGGCCUGCGCCUCCUGCCACUCACAGAUGAGGCUGCCAAGGGUGGUGAGCUGGUGUACACGGACACAGAGGCCCGUGACGUCUUUGAGAAGGCUACUGUGUCUGCGCCAUUUGGCAAGUUCCAGGGCAAGACUGUGACCAUCUGGGAGAUCAUCAACUCAGAGUACUUCACAGCAGAGCAGCGCCGGGAUCUGCUGCGGCAGUUCCGGACGGGCCGCAUCACGGUGGAGAAGAUCAUCAAGAUUGUCAUCACGGUGGUGGAGGAGCACGAGCGCAAGGGCCAGCUCUGCUUCGAGGGCCUCCGUGCCCUUGUGCCUGCCGCAGAGUUACUGGAGAGCGGGGUCAUUAACCAGGAACUCUACCAGCAGCUGCAGAGGGGUGAGCGUUCUGUGCGGGAGGUGGCUGAGGCAGACAGCGUGAGACGGGCCCUGCGGGGUGCCAACGUCAUUGCCGGUGUGUGGCUGGAAGAAGCAGGGCAGAAGCUGAGCAUCUAUGAGGCCUUGAAGAAAGACUUGCUGCAGCCAGACGUGGCUGUGGCCUUGCUGGAGGCCCAGGCUGGCACUGGGCACAUCAUUGACCCCGCCACUAGUGCCCGGCUGACUGUGGAUGAGGCGGUGCGUGCUGGCCUAGUAGGCCCUGAGCUGCAUGAGAAGCUCUUGUCAGCUGAGAAGGCUGUGACAGGCUAUAGGGAUCCCUACUCAGGACAAAGUGUCUCACUGUUCCAGGCCCUGAAGAAGGGUCUCAUCCCCCGAGAACAGGGCCUGCGCCUGCUGGAUGCCCAGUUAUCCACUGGUGGCAUUGUAGACCCCAGCAAGAGCCACCGUGUGCCCCUGGAUGUUGCCUACGCCCGGGGCUACCUGGACAAAGAGACCAACAGGGCCCUGUUGUCACCCAGGGAUGAUGCCAGAGUCUACCUUGACCCCAGCAGCCAGGAGCCAGUCACCUACAGCCAGCUCCAGCAGCGGUGCCAUUCUGACCAGCUGACGGGGUUGAGUCUGCUGCCGGUCUCAGAGAAGGCUGUCCGGGCCCGACAGGAGGAGGUCUACUCUGAGCUCCAGGCCCGUGAGACACUGGAGAAGGCCACAGUUGAGGUCCCUGUGGGCAGCUUUAAGGGCAGGACAGUGACCGUGUGGGAGCUCAUAAGCUCUGAGUACUUCACCGAGGAGCAGCGGCAGGAGCUGCUGCGGCAGUUCCGCACAGGCAAGGUCACUGUAGAGAAGGUCAUCAAGAUUCUCAUCACCAUUGUGGAGGAGGUGGAGACCCAGCGGCAGGAGCGGCUGUCCUUCAGUGGCCUCCGUGCCCCAGUGCCAGCCAGCGAGCUCUUGGCCGCCAAGAUCCUCAGCAGAGCUCAGUUUGACCAGCUCAAGGAUGGCAAGACAUCAGUCAAAGACCUGUCAGAGGUGGACUCUGUGCGGACACUGCUGCAAGGCAGUGGCUGCCUAGCCGGCAUCUACCUGGAGGACUCUAAGGAAAAAGUAACCAUCUAUGAGGCCAUGCGCCGGGGCCUCCUCACACCCAGCACAGCCACACUCCUGCUGGAGGCCCAGGCAGCCACUGGCUUUCUAGUGGACCCUGUGCGGAACCAGCGUCUGUAUGUCCAUGAGGCUGUCAAGGCGGGAGUAGUGGGCCCUGAGCUCCAUGAGAAGCUCCUGUCAGCUGAGAAGGCGGUCACCGGCUAUAAGGAUCCCUACUCAGGCACCACCAUCUCACUGUUCCAGGCUAUGAAGAAGGGCUUGGUCCUCAGGGAGCAUGCCAUCCGCCUGCUGGAGGCUCAGAUUGCCACGGGGGGCAUCAUUGACCCUGUGCACAGCCACCGCCUGCCGGUGGACGUGGCCUACCAGCGUGGCUACUUUGAUGAGGAAAUGAACCGUGUGCUGGCAGAUCCAAGUGAUGACACCAAGGGCUUCUUCGACCCCAACACACAUGAGAACCUCACUUACUUGCAGCUGCUGGAGCGCUGUGUGGAGGACCCCGAGACAGGCCUGCGCCUCCUGCCACUCAAAGGCGCAGAGAAGACAGAGGUGGUAGAAACCACACGGGUGUAUACUGAGGAGGAGACUAGGAGGGCGUUUGAGGAGACGCAGAUUGACAUCCCUGGUGGUGGCAGCCAUGGUGGCUCCUCCAUGUCCCUGUGGGAGGUGAUGCAGUCAGACAUGAUCCCAGAGGAUCAGCGAGCCCGGCUCAUGGCUGACUUUCAGGCUGGUCGAGUGACCAAGGAGCGUAUGAUCAUCAUUAUCAUUGAAAUCAUCGAGAAGACUGAGAUCAUCCGCCAACAGAACCUGGCCUCCUAUGACUACGUGCGCCGCCGCCUCACUGCCGAAGACCUGUACGAGGCCCGCAUCAUCUCCCUUGAGACCUACAACCUCUUCCGGGAAGGCACAAAGAACCUCCGUGAAGUUCUGGAGAUGGAGUCUGCCUGGCGCUACCUUUAUGGCACAGGAUCAGUAGCCGGUGUCUACCUGCCUGGCUCCAGGCAGACGCUAACCAUCUACCAGGCCCUUAAGAAGGGGCUGCUGAAUGCUGAGGUGGCCCGCUUAUUGCUGGAAGCACAGGCAGCCACAGGCUUCCUGCUGGACCCAGUGAAGGGUGAACGGCUGACUGUGGAUGAGGCUGUGCGGAAGGGUCUGGUAGGCCCUGAGCUGCAUGAUCGGCUGCUUUCCGCAGAGCGGGCUGUUACUGGAUACCGUGACCCCUAUACCGAACAGACCAUUUCACUCUUCCAGGCCAUGAAGAAGGAGCUGAUCCCUGCUGAGGAGGCAUUGAGGCUGCUGGAUGCCCAGCUAGCCACAGGAGGCAUUGUGGACCCCCGCCUGGGUUUCCACCUCCCCCUGGAGGUGGCUUACCAACGUGGCUACCUCAACAAGGACACACAUGACCAGCUUUCAGAGCCCAGUGAGGUGCGCAGCUAUGUGGAUCCCUCCACGGAUGAGCGCCUCAGCUACACCCAGCUGCUCAAGCGGUGCCGCCGUGAUGACAACAGUGGCCAGAUGCUCCUGCCUCUCUCUGAUGCCCGCAAGUUGACCUUCCGAGGCCUGCGUAAACAGAUUACCGUGGAGGAGCUGGUGCGUUCUCAGGUCAUGGACGAGGCCACGGCGCUGCAGUUGCAAGAAGGCCUGACCUCCAUUGAGGAGGUCACUAAGAACCUGCAGAAGUUCCUUGAGGGUACCAGCUGCAUUGCCGGAGUCUUUGUUGAUGCUACCAAGGAGCGGCUCUCAGUGUACCAGGCCAUGAAGAAGGGCAUUAUCCGCCCCGGUACAGCCUUUGAGCUCCUAGAAGCACAGGCAGCCACUGGCUAUGUCAUUGACCCUAUCAAGGGACUCAAGCUGACUGUGGAAGAGGCUGUACGUAUGGGUAUUGUGGGCCCUGAGUUCAAAGACAAACUGCUGUCAGCUGAGCGCGCUGUCACUGGCUACAAGGAUCCCUACUCUGGGAAACUCAUCUCCCUCUUCCAGGCCAUGAAGAAGGGCCUAAUCCUGAAGGACCACGGCAUCCGUCUGCUAGAGGCUCAGAUCGCCACUGGUGGCAUCAUCGACCCCGAGGAGAGCCACCGUCUACCUGUGGAAGUGGCCUAUAAGCGUGGCCUCUUUGAUGAGGAGAUGAAUGAGAUCCUGACCGAUCCCUCAGAUGACACCAAGGGUUUCUUUGACCCCAACACGGAGGAGAACCUCACUUACCUGCAGCUGAUGGAGCGCUGCAUCACUGACCCCCAGACUGGCCUGUGUCUUCUGCCACUGAAGGAGAAGAAGCGGGAGCGGAAGACGUCCUCCAAGUCUUCAGUGCGCAAGCGCCGCGUGGUGAUUGUGGACCCUGAGACAGGCAAGGAGAUGUCAGUGUACGAGGCCUACCGCAAGGGCCUCAUUGACCACCAGACAUACUUGGAGUUGUCAGAGCAGGAAUGUGAGUGGGAAGAAAUCACCAUCUCCUCCUCAGACGGCGUGGUCAAAUCUAUGAUCAUUGACCGACGCUCUGGCCGGCAGUAUGACAUCGACGACGCCAUCACCAAGAACCUCAUUGACCGCUCAGCACUGGACCAAUACCGUGCCGGCACACUUUCUAUCACUGAGUUUGCUGACAUGCUCUCGGGUAAUGCUGGUGGCUUCCGUUCCCGCUCCUCCUCCGUGGGUUCGUCUUCUUCCUACCCCAUCAGCCCUGCCGUCUCUAGGAACCAGUUAGCUUCCUGGUCUGAUCCUACCGAGGAGACCGGCCCAGUGGCUGGCAUCCUAGACACAGAGACUCUGGAGAAGGUGUCCAUCACGGAGGCCAUGCACCGCAACCUGGUAGACAACAUCACUGGUCAGCGGCUGCUGGAGGCACAGGCCUGCACUGGGGGCAUCAUUGAUCCCAGCACUGGUGAGCGCUUCCCAGUCACAGAGGCUGUCAACAAGGGUCUGGUGGACAAGAUCAUGGUAGACCGUAUCAAUCUGGCCCAGAAGGCCUUCUGUGGGUUUGAGGACCCACGCACCAAGACCAAGAUGUCAGCUGCCCAGGCCCUGAAGAAAGGCUGGCUGUACUACGAGGCAGGCCAGCGCUUCCUGGAGGUGCAGUACCUGACAGGUGGUCUGAUUGAGCCCGACACCCCUGGCCGUGUACCCCUUGAUGAGGCUCUGCAGCGUGGCACCAUGGAUGCUCGCACAGCCCAGAAGCUGCGGGAUGUCAGUGCCUACUCCAAGUACCUCACAUGCCCCAAGACCAAGCUCAAGAUCUCCUACAAGGAUGCUUUGGACCGCAGCAUGGUGGAGGAGGGCACAGGGCUGAGGCUGUUGGAAGCUGCAGCACAGUCCAGCAAGGGCUACUAUAGUCCCUACAGUGUCAGCGGCUCUGGCUCUACCGCUGGUUCACGCACUGGUUCGCGCACCGGCUCCCGGGCCGGCUCCCGCCGGGGCAGCUUUGAUGCCACUGGCUCUGGCUUCUCCAUGACCUUCUCGACUUCCUCUUACUCUUCCUCCGGUUAUGGCCGUCGCUAUGCCUCAGGGCCUUCAACCUCUUUAGGGGGUCCUGAGUCUGCGGUGGCCUGACCCCCUGCCUGCACCCUGCCCUCCCGCUCUGCAUGCGGCCAGGCUCCCUGUGGAGGCGCUGGGGUCUUUUAACAUGUAAAGGUGUCUUCCUCCCAAGCGGUGCCUAAAAUUUAACCAAAUAGACCAGACUAACACACACACACACACACACACACACACACACACACACACACUCUGAUGUCCAGACAGCCUGUGUCUCGGGAAAUGGGGCUGGCCCAGGCCCAGUGACCGCUUCACUCUCCUUGGGUCUCCCUGAUCCUUUCCACCUGCCACUCACCACAGCUAGGUGCCUUGGAGAAUCCAGAGCUGGGCACUCUGUCUCUCCUGGGAGGAUUCUAUCUGGGAAAGGCCUCCAGACCUCUAAGCCAACCCCACUGGAUGUCUACCUGCUGGUCCUAGCUGCUGAGGGGACCUGGGGACAAUCCUAUGAGCAGACAGCUCUUGGGCCUCUCGAGGCCUCUGUCUUGAGCCAGCUGCGUCUCUCCAGUGUGUCUCUGGAUUACCUGCCUAUUAUUCAUUGGGUCUUGCUGGUGAAGGAAAGGCUCCAAGCCAGCCGUCUCUUCCAGCCUGACCAGAGAGGCCCCUUCCCCAUGGGAAGAUAAGGCCUGGUCCUGGCCCCAGCCUCCCGCCUGGCUCCUGCAGCUGCCAUUGGAGCUGCGCUUUGUAGUUCACCACCCUGUACUUACUCCCCACCCGAGACCUGAGCCUCUGCUUCAGCCUUCCAGCCUCAGCUCCCCUUGUAAGUGCCUUCUGUGUCCUUCUUGUACCCAGGCCCUAAAGACCCAGACACAGGGUAGGAGAUGGACUUUCUGUCUGGGCAGGGCUGGAGGGUUCUCCGGAUCUGAGACUUCUCCUAUCCCAGAGGCCCCGGUGGCUCCUCAGCCUGUGGAAACCCACUCUGGGUGCUGCUGUCCACCUCUCUCCCAGGGAGCCUUGGCCUCUCCAUGGCCCAGAGACACUGGCUGGCCCAUCUGUGCUGACGUUAGCACCUGGCCAGUGCCACCCUCCCUUCCUGUCCAGUCAGCCCCUGGCCUUGGUGGCUCCUACCCCUGCCUCCACCCUCAAUGAGCUUUGCAUGUUCCACUAACCUUGAGCUGGUGGCAGGUGGAGAUGCCAGGCAGAACACUAACCUGACCAUGGGCGGAGGCCCUGCGGUGUCCGCCCCUCAAUAAAAGCAAUUCCAACCUUC